AUGGCAUCUGCUUUACAGAAGGCUCAAACGCAUGAAGACCGAGUGCAUGGAUCUCGCAAAGUGCAAGUCACUAUUUUGGGAUCUCAAUGGGGACCAAGUAAUGAGGGGCUUUCCACCAUAAACAGAGAAUUAGCCAUUCAGUUAGCCAAGUUCCCUGCGGUGGAAAUCACUUUCUUUUUACCAAAAUGCAGUCAAGAGGACAGAAAGAUAGCCCUGGAACACAAAGUAAAGAUCGUGGAGGCGACGCCUCUGCCUGGCUUUGAACAAUUGGAUUGGCUUUGCUUUCCGCCGAAAGAUUUGCAAAUCGACAUUAUCGUAGGUCAUGGAGUUAAACUCGGUAAACAAGCACAAAUCAUUAAAGACCUUAAAACGUGCAAAUGGUUCCAAGUGGUACACACAGACCCUGAGGAGCUUGGGAUGUUUAAAAACGUUUCUAAUCCAAUUUCAAAGGGGGAAGAAAAACACAAGACCGAAGUAGAACUGUGUAAAAUGGCUGACCAUGUUGUAGGAGUUGGACCCAAGUUGAGCGAGGCCUUUCGCUCGUACCUUUGUGGCUGUAAUAAAGAUGGCAAUGUCUUUGACUUCACUCCUGGAGUAUUUGAAGAGUUUAAGGCUGUGAGGCAGGCUCCUAACCAAAGGCAACAACGCAGUGUCUUGGUAUUUGGUAGUGGAGACGUAGACGAUUUCGAAUUAAAAGGGUUUGACAUCGCUGGGAAAGCGAUUGCCGCAUUGCAAGAUACUCGUCUUAUGUUUGUUGGGGCACCGGAUGGAAAACACGAAGAAAUAGCAAAGCGGUUAAUCGAGUGUGGCGUUCCUGCAAGUCGACUGAGAGUUAGAGGAUUUGCUCAAGACCGAGAGAGUUUGAAGCGCUUAUUCCAAGAGGUGGAUCUUGCAGUCAUGCCUUCGAGAACAGAGGGGUUUGGACUAACAGGACUCGAGGCAAUGUCAGCUGGUCUCCCUGUGCUCAUCAGCAGCAACUCUGGUUUUGGAGAAGCACUAUGCAGUGUAACUUUUGGUUCAGCAUCUGUGAUUGAGUCAGAGGACCCCACAGUGUGGACCGCAGCCAUCAAGAAGGUCUGGUCCAAGGACAGAAAAUGUCGACUUAAGGAGGCGGUGACCCUGCGUGAUAACUAUGGCAUGGAAUACGACUGGACCGAACAGACAAAAGAGUUAGUUGACAGGAUGAUCAGCCUGACUCAUGGUAGGAAUGUCAAUUAUAUUUUCUUCAGUGGCACAUUAUUAGGAAACAAUAGAAAGAAAAAUGAAAAGAAACAAAAAUAGGAUCUAGCUCUUACAAGUUUGGCCCUGAAGUCUUGAUAAAAAUGUUCGCGAAUUCCUAUCUGAACCUUAUGCUGAUAACAGCAAAACUGUAACGUUUAUAAUUUUUUCUGUUACAUUGUUUUCAGCGGAAUGGUCUGUAGAGAGCGGUCGUCAUACCGUUCGGUCGUAGGCUUUAUUUGCAGUACUUCACAUAUAUGAUUAUAGUUAUACAAACAUAAUCCCCGCAAUAGCAUGUUUUCUCCAUUUUGUUGCAAUAGAAGAUUCUCCAAAGGCCCGGAGCUCCUUAGGCAUGAUUGACGACCAUGAAGGUAUCUUCGUAGAAAGCUUGUGUAGAAAUAAUUUCUGCCUAUUUUUAACCAAGUGGGAGAAGCAGAGGAGGCGUACGAGAGCGAGCAAAAAAUAGGGACGGGGAGAGGAAUAGAACGCCGGCCGCUAAGCUUCCAUCCCAGGAAUACACAUCCUAAUAUUAUACCCAACAAAUGUCCGCCCCGGGGAGGAAUGGGUACACCUGGAAUUGACUGAACCUUAAGUUUCAAGGAGAUAAUCAUUGUAACCAAAGCUUGUUUUUUAAGAGCCCUCUAUCGAAAUUGUCAACAACACAAUAACAAACUCUUAUGACGACGAGCAGCUUGUUUCAGAAACUUCCCUUAGUAGUGACUGUGAAAUGAAAGCUGAUGCUGCAUCAGAAAAUCCAACUAAAAUAUCCAUGAAUACAGACUCUCAGUCUCAAAAUAGCCGUAAGGAUAACAUGUCAGAAUUCUCUUGUAAUCCAGGUAUGCAAAAACAUGAGUUGUUUCUCUUGCUAGUGCUGACUAGUACACUACUAUAUCUAAAGGGGAGAAGUGAUUGUUAGAGUAUUCAAAGGUACUUUUUCCAACAGGACUUGAUACCAUUUUUGCUCGUACUGUAGAUGUGUAUUAUUAAUAACAGUAAAACUUAUAUAGCCCCGAUAUCAAUGGACGCUUGAUGGGCGCCAUUUUCAUCAGCGGUUAAAAAAAAACGUUUUUAAAUAAGUAUUUAAAUAUAUAAAAGAUAUGAAUAUGUCGAGCACUAAAAUUAGAAAAAUUACUUUGCGUACUAAAACUGUACUAACUGCAUAAAACCUACUAAAAACGAGCAAAAACGUUACAUCAAAUUACAUAAAAGCUUUCUGGAACGAAAAUGGCUUGAGUGCCUUCUUAAAAAUCAGGGGCACCCAACGACUCUUUUCUGUAAAAUAUCUGUUAGGAGAAGUAAAUCUUGCUUAGAAUUUUCUGUUGCUUGAAUACGGCUAAUAAUUUCUAGAUGAACGUUCCAUUCAGGUACUAUUUUCAAAGCUUAUCUACAAAUUCCUUUCGAUUUUCUGAAGUUUAAUUUUUUCAUAUUUUACUGUUUUACUUAUGUUAGGCUAAUUUUCGUAGAAAAAGAACAUCUAGAAUUUUCGGAUUCAAAAAAGUGGUGGAGAGAGGAAUAAGAAAAAUUAAACUUUUCGGGAAAAUAACACUGUAGUCCUUGAAAUUUCGAAAAGCCUCAAAUUCCCGUGGGAUGACCGAACAGAUGCAAAUUUUAUAUCGCCACUUAGAAUACAUUUCUAGAAAUCUAAAAGUACUCUGGAUAUCCUAAAAAGGCUUUUCAAUGCAUUUAGGGGGGAACCGUCGUUGGUUGCCCUUGAAAAAUGGCAACUGAGGGGCUUCUCUAUAUCGCAAAAGGAAGCAAAUUCCAAAGUUUAGGAGCAGCAACAGCAACAGAGGGAUCUCCUAACGUGGUUCGAGUCCUGAAUUCUCCGCUAUGCCGGCCUUUAGAAAUAUUUUCAAAAAUAUAUGCCAACAAAAUUCCCAGUUUUGCAAAUUGUAUCUCUCAUCGAAUUGCUAUUUCUUAGACAUUCAAGUAUGUGUCUAAUGUGAAUCUGUGAUAUCGCCCUAAAGUUCGCUUGUGGGGGCUUGGAUGAAUUUGUUAAUGCUCUUUGGCUGUGGUGAAUUUGCUUGAGUAGACAUUCUGUAAUAAUCAAUACCUUGAAAAGAGCCGUCUCUUAACUGCAGGUACUUCAAGUGAGGAUAGUGGAAUCUCUUUUAAGAAGCAUAUGCCCUCCAACAUAGCUAGUCAUGAAGGUACAUCUUCCCUGGGGAAGGAACCUCUUAACAGCUGGAGUAUGCAAAGCAUUGCAGGAUCAACUUCUAGUAUAGGUAAAUGGAACAAGCUAAUUAUUCUGAUAGUUUGGUGCAGUAGUAAUGAAGGUUCAGGAAUAGUGUUUUUCUUAAAAGACGGCCCACCUGGAUAUUAAGGGGCAAAAACUUCGAAGUUUUAGCAUUUAACUAUGAUAUUAAAAAAAAAAAGUCACCCCGUUAAACCUCGUUUUUUCGGACACUUUCCUUGUCCCUGGGUAAAGCCCUUACAUUUUCUUUAAAUUCUCGUAAUACAACUGUAUAACCGAGUAGGAACCGUUUUGGAAUGUAAUCUUAAAAUGGAUCUACUGUAUAGUACUUUAAAAAGUUAUAAUGUUAGUUUUUAUCAUCGAAUUUACUCUGAAUUCCUAUAAUUGCUUCUUGAGCUUAAAUUUUUUGUGCUCACCUUUUAAAAUUGUAUUGGAAGUUGUUAAAGUGGAUUUAAAUGCAUGAAAAGAUCUGUGAUGUGUAGAAUAAGGGUCUCCACCACAUUUAAGGGUCACAGUUGUCUACUUGGGACUUUGUUUCACACGGGUGGUUAUGGGUGGUCGAAUUGUGAACGAGUCACUAAAACAUAUGUAUACACUAUUUUCUAAGAAGCUUAUAAUAAAGGAUUGAUCUACAUACUGCUCGGUACUGAGACAUUGUUCAGAUCCGGGAAUGCUGGGUAUUGUAAAUUGAUUAUUAACUAUAGUGGUUGCUUUUUCGAAAAUUAGUUAAUACAACGAACAAAUUUCCUCAGUCCCUUGGCACUUCGUUAAAUUGUGGUGCUACUAUAAUCACCGCCUGUUUUCGACCAUUUUGUUUCACAGAAGAGGAUUCUUUAAAGGCUGCGAGCUCCUUGGAAACAAAGAGCCAGGCUUUUCAGGGGACGGAAAGAAUGACAGCGGACCAUAACGGUAUUAUGGCAGACUUAUAAUCAAUGAAAUCGAGGGUGAUGUUGUCUAUGAACGUGUGUUCAUAGGCAAAAGGGAUUCUGUGUGGUACAUACGUGUACAUGCAUAAGUACACAUAAGUUUUAAACUAUUUUACUACUAAAUAUAGCAGUACACGGUGUUCCUCCUCAUUAUCUAUCGAGCCUUUUAGGAAGUAUAAUUGAAACAUAUUCACUAAAUCAAUCUUCAUAUACAUGCUACUUCGUUGUUUAAUGUUUUUUUACCUAUAUUUAAACUGAAGUAGUCGAAAUUGUGAAAUUACUCAAUAAAAAGUUCGUCUCCUCUUGGCAGACCUUUGAUGAAAAAAUUCCACACCCACAGGGAACUCACAACCUGAUAAACGCCUAACCCUGUCCAGGGAGAGGAAAGGCACACUUGGAACUUACUGAGCCUUAUGUUUCAAUGAAUUUAUUUUUUGUAACCAUGGCUUGUUUUCGCAGAGGCUUUUACGGAAAAUAACAGUAAGCCAAGAAUGUACUCCCCUGUUGGCGAGAAGCUCGUUUCAGAAACGGCCGUUGAUAGUAACUGUGAAAAGAAGGCUGAUGCUGUACCAGGAAAUCAAACUAAAAUAUUUACAGUCUCUCAGUCACAAAACAGCCGUAAGCGUAAAAAGCCAGAAUCUUCUGGUGAUCCAGGUAAACUAUAACAUGAUUUGUUUUCCUUGCUAUUGCCUACUAGUACAUUUAUAAAGGGUAUUACCCAAAGGUGCUUUUUUUGCACAGAACUUGUUAUCGUUACACUGUAGUAGUGUAAUUCAUUGCCCACUUUAAUUAUCUGCUCAGGUUUAACACCAGAUUUUAUCCUGCGUUCGAAAAUGCUGUAAAUCUGGUAGCUUAGAAAACAUCCGAUGUGUCACUACCGUGACACAUCAUCAGUGUGGAAUUUCUGCACUCAUCCUUUGAGGUCAUUUCGUAGAGAAAGCAGUGGCGGCGUCGCGAAAUGUCAGCUGUUUUCUUCAGGGUACAAAUCUGGCGACCAAUGCAAGGUAUUGACUUUCGAACGAUGUAUAGUAGUCUAGGAUACAUUUCUCGCGAUAUUUUGCUUUUCGUUAAUAGAGAAAUUUAUUUCUCGGGGCGUUUUCUUUUCCUUCAGAAAUUAUUACAAAGCACUUUUUUCAAGAAAUAAGUGAUGAACAGAGCAAAAUAGUCCAUGAAACUCUCCAACGACAAAUACUAGUGUACUUCCAACAUCGUACAAUUGCAACCUCAGAAGGAGUGUCUGGCCUUAUUGAAUAUAUAAAGAAGACGCACAACGUGGCCUUGGAAUCUGUGGGUUUGGGAUCUCUGGAAAUAACGUUUUGGUGCACUUCCUUGGAGAGCCUUGAAAGUUUGUGGAGUGAUUAUCAUUCUGGUCACCUUAAUGACAUUGCUGAGAGAUACCUUGUGACUGAUGACAUAAAGAAGAAACUGAACUUGGAGAGUGUCAGGUUGAAGACAAUUAUCGAAAAUGAAAACUACCGGAUUUGCAAGAGGAUUUUAAUGGAAAAAUCAUGUGAGUUUAAAAGCUCUUCGUAAGCUAUUGAAUGUCUGCUGUUUAGGCUCAAACAAUUGAAAGCUGAAAUCAAAUGCAAAAAAAGUGAUUAAUACCAUUUGCUUACGUUGGCCAACAUUGACUGGUUAUCUUUUCUGCUGCAAACCUGAUUACGUUGCUCUUUGUUUCUUACGAAAAAUGUUACAUUUUCACAGCAGCAAUCUUGCUGCAUUAUCGUAACGAUGGUCAGCUUAUCGAGCUCAUAUAGUUACCUUCCUAAAAACGUUUUCGCAAACAGACGGAAAAAUGAUAAUGCAUUAAAACAAUUAAUCGACAUACUGUUUACCAGCAGUGCAGUAAUUUAUCAACCUGUGUACAGCCCCCGUCUCCUCGGGAAAAAACUCGAAGCUUUCCUGAUUUUUUUCUGAGCGAAGAGAGUGGCUGUACACAGGUGAUAAAUUUAUUUACUGUGAUCAUUUUCGGGGACAGUACAUUCACAACAGAUGAACUUAAUGCAUAUUUGUUAUUUCAUUCUCUGUUAUCAGUCGGCAGUGACUUUUCUCCUUCAACUCAGUCAGAUCAAGAAGCAGCUUUACUAGCAGCUGACACAAGCUCAGAUGUUUCUGAGGUAGGCCGCUUUGUAGUUGUGAUUAAACAUGAAACAGGUGAAGAUCAAGAUGAAAAAGAAAUCGAGGGGCGAGUCCAGGCCGUUUCCUAAACAACAGUUACAUAAAAGACCGCACCCAACGAGAAUAUAGUUCAAAACCACUUAAACAUAGCAUUGUCGUACGUAUUUUAGUAUUUAAAAGGCAGGUAUAGACAUAUUGUUAUCCCCUAAAAAUUUUUCACCUGUUCGGAUUUCCUAGCUGAAAGUCUAGUGAUCCGAAAAUUAUAGGGAUCAAAACAUACCUUUUCGAAAAUUUCAGUCAGAAAAAAGGCUCCCAAAAAUUCUAGGUGACCUUUUUAGGGUAAAAAUCCGUUAAAAAUGGGCAAUUAACCAUUUUUAAGAUGUUAGAAAAUCCAAGGAGAGGCAGGCAAGCAGGAAAUUUUACAACAAGUGUUCGGAAAAUUCUAGAUCUGAAAUCGUCUUCCAAACAGAUAUUUUCCGAAAAUUGACGUUGGGUGCCCCUGACAUAAGUGCUGAUGAAGAGAUUUUGGUCGUAUUCUUGAUUUAAGUGUAUUGUGUGGAGUCGCACUCUGCAUUUUAAUGACUUUCCAGUCAAUUCUGCAGAAAAAAUAACUUUUAACCUGUUGGAAUUCGGAGUACAAUCAAUCAAUAAAUAUCAAUAUCAAUAUCAAUAAUUUAUUUCACCGCGUUAUAGUCUAAGAGCACAAGUGCUCGUUCAAAGUACGAACGUGCAUUAAAAAAUCUACAAUUAUAGUAAUAACUAGGUAUACCUAUCGAUAGAGUGCCAACGAGCAAAUCAUGCGUAUUUUGCUUAGGAAUAAAAUUCCUUUUUUUUUCGCCAUUUGACCGUUUCUUGAUCCCUUCCUUAAGGAAGUCCAGCUACAAAUCUACUGUCGGUUCGGUAUCACAUUGUUGAUAAAUAUUUGCACAGUUUAAUCAUUUAAACCUCCUUUCAAAUUUCCCGAGGUUUUUUGUUAUCGGAUUGAAACUUAGAAUGAUUCACUGGGCCAUAUGAAAUGUUUCCAAGGACAUGCGAUGUACGGCACGUCGGUAUUUAAUUUUAGUUCAUUAUUUUUAUACUGAACUCGGCCACGUUUCGAAAAAAAUGGCGUUGUUUUCUUUUCCUUUGUCGUUCGCUUUAGGCGUGUAAUUCGUUUUUGUUCUCAUUGUUUUUGUUUGCUGGUUAGAUUUUUUCCUCAACACCAGAUUUUCCAACUGAAGCGACCGCAUUCUUCGUGUCAAGCUUUCCUUAUCUCCUCGUGUAAUCUGAUCCUUUUUAGUGGUGAGAAUAUUGCUUGCUGCACAUAGAACACUUUUGCUGUUUUACAAACUUCUCUUCGUUAAAACUUAACAUUAUGGCCCUUAAAAUUAAUAGAAUAUAUCAAGUGUUCAUGUCUCUUAACUGCGGUGGCCGGGUUUGACGAAAAAAUUUAGGUAAAUAAACACAGGAAGUCGCGACGGCGGGAAGUGUGUGAAAUUUUGUUUGUUAUUCAACUUGAGCCCUCGCGCCAGGUACUACCUUUUGAUUGGUUCACAACUGACCACUUGGUCUCAGGGGAAUCUACAUUACAUUAGGUUACACUUUUUUCAACUUGAUCGAGAAUUUUUCUGCCUAUUGCCCAGUCUUGCGCGGCUCUAUUCUGCUGCCGCCUCGCCAUCCGAGCGUCUUCGCUCGGAUGGCUUGUUGGCAAUAAUAUCUAGCAUUAAAAAAAAUUAAAUCUACAAUCUAUAAUCUAUGUAAACAUGAAUAUAAAAAAUUAUAAAAAUUACAAAAAAAAAAUUCAAAAUAUAAAAAUUACAGCUGAAUUGAUCUUAGCUUACACUUAAAAAUAUUAACAUUAUCGGCCAGCUUAACAUCUUCUGGAAGUUUAUUCCAUAGUUGAGCCCACUUGUAAGUAAAAGAGUUCCUCAUAAAAUUAAGAUUAAAUUUGGGAACGCAAAGAUUAACACCAUUUCCUCUUAAACUGUAAGACUUCUCUCUUACGCUAAAAAAGUCUCUUAGGUAUUUCGGUCCUAUAUUCGUAAUCCAUUUAAAUGAUAGGAUCAGGGAUUUCUGCUUUUUCUUGCACUCUAAGAUUAAGUUUAGAGGCAAGUAGUCUUCUUAAGAACUGAUUUUUAUGUCACUCUUAUAAUAUGUGUAAGGUGCAUGUGUGAAUACACUAAGAAACGUUAUGGCAGUCAUAAAUGAAUGUUUCUUUUGCAAAUACAAUUACUAGCUCCGCCAUAGAGAACUUUCAGUAAAUUGUCACUCUGUUAUUCGUCCUAGAAUAAGAAGCAGUUCCUGACCCAUAUGGAGAGAGCUGAGAGAGCGAAAGUAAGUUUGCUGAGAUAUUUAGGUUGCGUUCCUUUUAGCCAAACUUUUUUUCCGGAUAUAGGCAAUCCAGAAGGUUGUAUUGUCGUGGUAGGUAGAACAAAAAUCUUGAAUAAGAUUGAUCCAUACGGUAGUUGGCUGCGGCACUGAUCUCCUUCGCAAUGUCCUCGCAACGCUUUUGAGUUUUCCCGCUAAUUGAAGCGUCUUCUCGUAGACUCGGUAGUUGGCUCGGCUGGAAGGGUGACUCUCUUUCUCUAUCAACAGGGUCCAAAUCCCGGGUCCAAACAGAUCAAUUACGUUUGAAAUUUGUAGGAAAAUGAUGUAGCACGUAAAAAUAAUACGCUUGUUUCACAACCUGUCAAUACCUAGUUGGUAUCUAUAAAAGAAAUCGACUGCGCAACAGGAGCCAAUUUUUUUUUCUUUUUUGCCAGCACUGAGACGCCGACUUUAAGCGCGAGACACGUGCAAUGCAUGGGGAACAAGUUCUGCUGGCUAUAAAAGAAAUUUAAAAUAUCAAAUAAAGCAAGCCCGUUUCUAUUUCGAUUUCGAUGAUUCUAUUUCUUGUCGAAAACAAAGGUGAAAAAUCGUGUUAAAAUUUCGUGACAGUAAGGUAGCGUGACUUAAGCGUGUGACCGAUUUCCUGUCACACGCCAACUCGCCAAAGGUCAUACCAUCUUGUGCGAUGUUUAUUAUCUGCUGACGAAGAUUGAAGUGAUGAAACGUUUCAAAAUCAAAGUCACUAGUUUGCGAUGAAUUUUAAUUCCUUCAGUUUGUCUCCCGACUUAGGUAAACUCUUGUAACUUUUGCUUCUAAAUGACCGCAGUGACGUGCUGUGUCUUUUUAUUUCGAUUCACGGCCGGAUUGCCGGAUUGCUCGGACGCAGUUUCUGAACAAACGUACGUUUGUCGCAUGUCGUUUGGCUUUGUGAAUCAAACCGAUGCAACUGAAGUUGGAAAUAACCUUCCUCACUGUAAAAACGUGUUCCAAGCAGUGGUGAUUAAUCCUUUCACGUAAAACUUUUCUUUUAGUUUAGCAACCGUCCGCAAGCCGUCUAAUUUGGAUAAAUUUUCCCUAUUCAAUAGCUCUCACCGCUUGCUUUGGUGUCAGGAUAGUUUUUGAUUUCCAGAACUAAAACUUUCCAGUAAUUUAGUACAAUAGCCAAGCUACCAUUUUUUAUUGCUUUUAUGAUCAAGCGGCAUAUACCAGAGGCCUUUUAUAAUAGUCAAAGUUGGCCUUUAUUUUCUAGCAUGUCCAACGUCACAAAUAUGACCUAUUUACACUUGUCGAUAAUAAAAAUAUAAAACAUUGUUUUUCAAAUUUUCUUUUAGCAUUUUAAAUAGUAAGAACGAAAUAAUAAUUCGCUGAAGUUUCAAUAUCAGUGAAUGUUUCUUAUGCGUUCACCUUUCUCUCGAAGUUGCUGUUGUUUGCUGCCAUGUUUUGUGCAAAAAGCAGGCAAAAAAAUCGAUUUUUCAAACUUUUUCUAAUUUCUCCAUUAAAAUGAAUCGUUUGAACCCAAAACUAUGUUUCCUUAAAUUAGGUCACUAAAAGGGAUGUUUUGGAAAAAAAUAAAAAAAACCCGAUUUUUUGACGAGUGUCUUGCGAUUCUCGAUUUUCUCAGAAAAUGGCUCUUAAAUUGCAGUCAUUUAGACAUAACAACAUGCAUAUUUUGUACAAACAUUUAAUACCACUAACAUUCUUCCAAAAAAUUUUUUUUCCUUAAGGAAAUAAGAACCUCGGAAAUUCCUCAACACGUGUUUAAAAAGUAAUUUAUCUCUUCUACAUCAUUUUCCCUAGAUCAGUUUCACCCCGCAAUGGUUUUAUAAUCGGCACCGGUGUAUAAAGUAGAAAAACAUUGUACCGAACAUUCCGGGGAAUCAAGCAUAAACGGCGCUCGACGUCGCGACGGUGCUAUAGCGCGGGAACUUUAACAUGCUUUGAGGAAAAAUAGUCACUGUUCCGCGAUCCAAUCAGCAUUUAGCUUGCAAUGCGAACAGUAAAUUGAAAAUGAACGAUAAUGCAGCCUGUACAGUAGGACGGCGGCUUUUUUUGGACACAGUAAAUUUCCACAGUCGCUCGACACAUGACUAAAAAUAAACCUUUGCUAUAACAAACCACAAACUUUGAUUUCAACCACACUUUCACGACUUUGUAACAUAACCUCUCCUGGCAAAAAGCCUGCUACUCACCGUUGUUGCUCGCUUAUUCAAAGAUCAGCACGUCCGUCGUGGAAACUGAAACACAACAACAGAACAGUCUUAAUGUAAUAUUAAACAUGUAUUUAACCUUUCUCGCAAUGCAUUCUGGGAAAUCCGUGUUUAACUCGUGCGGGACACUUCACAUCCUGGCAAGUAAAUCAUAGCCAAAAACUUCGUUGGCCCUCUUUUCUUAUGUCCAAACUAACCAAUUUGCCCCUUAUUGCCUGCUGGAGACUUCUUCACGGUGUGCAGAGCUGGGCAGAGACGUUACGCAGCAUCCACCGGAUGGUCUCUCGGAUUGUGCCCGAAGCUCGGUUCUUUGAGCAACGAGCGCCCAUUUAAGCCUUCCCGGACUUAAUGAUGUCUAAGGCACUUUGCAAACUCGGCUCAUAUUAGUCCCCGUUUCGCACGAGCUCCGAUCAAAACCUCUCCGCUCACGAAGAGAGCCGUUGAAAUGAGGAAGAUACCGCGCAAACUCGAACCUUUCAAAACUAGAACGAGGGUUCUCCAUUGGUACCAAUGAUACGAUUGGUACCAAUGGAAAAGCACCCUAUUCCAAUGGUUCUAUUGCUGAAUAUGCAUCUCAUUAAGGGGACUUAGAUUAUUUUCUCAUGUGGUCUAGCUGGGUACAGGGCAAUUCCAAUGGUCCAUUGGUACCAAUGGAAAAACACCCUAUUCCAAUGGUUCUUUUGGUUAAUAUGCAUCUCAUUAAGGGGACUUAGAUUAUUCUCUAAUGUGGUCUGGCUGGGUACAGGGCAAUUCCAAUGGUCCAUUGGUACCAAUGGUACGAUUGGUACCAAUGGAAAAGCACCCUAUUCCAAUGGUUCUAUUGGUGAAUAUGCAUCUCAUUAAGAGGACUUAGAUUAUUUCCUGAUGUGGUCUAGCUGGGUACAGGGCAAUUCCAAUGGUCCAUUGGUACCAAUGGUACGAUUGGUACCAAUAGAAAAGCACCCUAUUCCAAUGGUUCUAUUGCUGAAUAUGCAUCUCAUUAAGGGGACUUAGAUUAUUUUCUCAUGUGGUCUAGCUGGGUACAGGGCAAUUCCAAUGGUCCAUUGGUACCAAUGGAAAAACACCCUAUUCCAAUGGUUCUUUUGGUUAAUAUGCAUCUCAUUAAGGGGACUUAGAUUAUUCUCUAAUGUGGUCUGGCUGGGUACAGGGCAAUUCCAAUGGUCCAUUGGUACCAAUGGUACGAUUGGUACCAAUGGAAAAGCACCCUAUUCAAAUGGUUCUAUUGGUGAAUAUGCAUCUCAUUAAGAGGACUUAGAUUAUUUCCUGAUGUGGUCUAGCUGGGUACAGGGCAAUUCCAAUGGUCCAUUGGUACCAAUGGUACGAUUGGUACCAAUGGAAAAGCGUCCUAUUCCAAUGGUUCUAUUGGUGAAUAUGCAUCUUAUUAAGGAGAGUUACCUUAUUUUCUCAUGUGGUCUGGCUGGGUAAAGGGCAAUUCCAAUGGUCCAUUGGUACGAAUGGAACGAUUGGUACCAAUAGAAAAUGAUGUCAUUCCAAUGGUUGUAUUGGUGAAUAUGCAUCCAUUAAGGGGAGUUAAAAUCUUGUUACCAAUAGAAAUUGAUGAAAGUCUCUUGAAAGUUGUAUUCAGUUGGCAGAUCCUUCACUGCUGUUCCAUUCAUGGUGUUUAUUGUUAGAAAUAGAGUGUUUUAAUUUUAUUAAUUGGGUUCCCAGUUUUAGAAAAGCGAAUGUGAAUUACAGAGAAAUUGUGACUUAUCGAUAGAAGUUUAGACAUGUUUUGCGAUUGGAUUUACAACAUAGAAGCUUCCAGGAGUUUUGUUGGUCUACAUCUUCAUUGUGGCAGUAUAAUAAAUAUAACAUAAGAAAUAAAAAUCUCCAUCGAUUCGUUUGUUUAGUGAUUGAUGAAUAUCUUGAUGGCCAACUGAAGAGUUGCUCACAGACUUCUGUGUUGAUAUUCUGUAGGUAAAAAGGAAAGUCAUCUAUAGAUUAUUCAAAGAUAAUUACAAAAAAUAUGUUAAACAUUACAAAAGAGUACAGUAAAUAUAUAAAAAGGGGAAUGGUAAGAGCUAAAAAUUAAUCUCUAUAAUUAUAUGAUUAUACAUAAUAUAUAAGAAACCUUGUUUAUGACGUUGUAUGCCUAGCAAAGUUGCUUACUUAUGAGUUUUUAUUUGAAGCUUAAAGCAUCUUUGCUUAGUUUUAAUUCAUUGUCCAGUGAGUUCCCUUAUUCACUGGUCUGUAAUAGAAGCUUGAAAAGGGACUUCUCUUAAGUGAUCUUUUACCGAGUAAGGAAAGGCCAACGCACUGAACACCAGCUGCUGUAAAAAUCCCGCUGUUUUGCGAGUGUGCCGGUGAAAAAUCUUAAAAAUGUUGCGUUUACAAAGAACGCUAAUUUUAAAACGGGAAAAGAUUGGGUCUGUUAUUCUUCCAUGGAGAUUUUUAUUGUAUAGGAGAAGAUAUCAAAUAGGGACUAAAAAGGGUUGAGUGAAACGUCAGGUUCUUAAAAGUAGCACAUGCAUAAAACUGUUGUACUUCUCGAACUACAGCCAAUAAAAGGGAAACUGAGCGUGACCUACAAGUUCUUGAAUGUUUCAAAUGUUGAGUGAUGUUGCGCUAUGGCUAAACAGGGGCACCCAACGACGGUUUCCUCCAAAAUACGUUGAUAACCCUUUUUACGCUAUCCAGAGUACUUUUAGAUUUCUAGAAAUGCAUUCUAAGCGAUGCUAACAAAUUUUUACCUGUUCGAUCAUCCUAGGGGAACUUAUAAGUCUUUGCGAAAUUACAAGGGCUUCAGUAUUAUUUUCCAAAAAAUUUUAAGAGCAAUUUAACGUUUUACGAAAGUGAGAAUUUUUUUGAUUCCUCCGCUCCAUCACAUUUUAGAAUCAGAAAAUUUUAGGCCUUCUUUAUCUAAGGAAAAUAGUGUAACCUAUUUAGUAAAAUAUGAAAAAUCAAACUUCAGAAAAUCGCAGGGAAUUUAUUAGAGAAGCUUCGAAAAUUGUACAUGAAUGGAAUGUUCCUCUAGAAAUUUUUAGCCGUCUCCUCCGAACAGAUAUUUUACAGAAAACGGUCGUUGGGUAUCCCUGGCUAAAUAGUGUCAAAUUUCGAAAAAGAAGAGUACUUACUUUUCUUAGGUUCUGUGGCAACAAUGUCCAAUCCAGAUCGUUUUCGUUUUGCAUACGGGCAGCCAUGACUUUACGGAAGUUUCGAAAAUCACGCAGGUGUGUAGACUGAAGCGACAACAAGCCAGCGAAAUUACAACGUGCUUUUAUCCCUAACAGACGCGAACACAGUCACUGGAAUUGCUAUCUCCCUAGAGUGGUAUCACGCCUCAUCCAAUAAAAAGGU